GUCCGUGUGCUUUUUAGUAUUUGACCCGCAGUCCAUGGAUAAGUGAAAAACGAUUCGUUAUUAAUUAGGGUCGGGUCAACGCGGUGGCACGGCAGCGCGAUGCAGAACGGCGGCAGCGGCUGGAGCUUGCAGGGGCCGGAUCCGUGCGCGGUAGGGGCUGGGGAGGCGGAUCCGGAGGCGGGCGGCGUGGCGAGGAUCGCCGGUGACGACGAGGAAGGCCGGAGCGCGGCUUCCCGGGCGGGUUCAUGGCAUCCACGACUAUUGGGCAGAGGGGAGACAAGGAGGCGAGGGAGAGAAGAAGGGACAAAGGAAAAGCGGUGCGGAGAGAAGAAGGCCGGAGCUCGCCGGAGCCGGGCGAUGGCGGACGGGCGCGGGAGACGGAGGGAAGGCCGGAGCUCGCCGGAGCCGGGCGAUGGCGGACGGGUGCGGGAGACGGAGGGAUCCCGUGCGGGGGCUGGUUCCGACGACCACUGCUGCGUGGCCGCGGGAGGACAGCACGCGCCGUCGCGCCGGAGCCGCCCAGGAGCAACCAUGGAUGCUCCGCGUUCAAAGUGUACAAGGCCGAUUUGGAGUGGUUCCCUCGCAAGCUCCUGCUAUUCCCCACCUCUCGCGACGUUCUGCAUCUAGAUUGUUUUCUUCAGUGGCAGGAAGGUUUCCAAGGAGGUACAGAAAGCGAGGUUCAAACAAUUCAGUGCAGCAGCAGCAACACCUCCAAGGAGGACUAGGAUCUGGCUGUGCUCCACGACUAUCACAACCAAGCCGGGGAGCACCAGAGAUCACAACUUGAAAAUUUUAACUGCAAUAUUUGUUGGUCAGUGUCCUCAUCUGAAAUUGUUCGUAAGGUAGUGCUUUAUUCUGUAUAGCAUCCUUGGAAGAUUGUGUGGUGUGAUGCUUGGGUGUAGAGCCUUUUUUGUUAUUCUGUAUAGCAAAGGGAAAUAGCCUCAGGCCCUCAGUUUGGUAUAGCAAUGGGGGUGAUCCUUCGUUGGAAGAAACAUUGGUGUGAAACAGAUAGACUUACUGUUUUUUCAUACUAUACUAGCAUAGUGUUGGUUGUUAAUUUUAAGUGUAUCAGCAGUUUUUUCAGCCAAUGAAGUUAUGCUCACGACAUGGAGAACUUCAAGGACAACCUGCCUGAACAGUUUCUACCUGAUUAGUGAACUAGGCCAUUUACUAUACAAAUAGUUAUUUUGUUGCAAGUUACGCCGUUGCUUCUAAAUACUACACUUUUGGUUGUAUUUAGCAACUAAGAAUGACACAAGCAGCCGCUAAAACAUUCGAGCAAUGCCCAAGGUUAGUACAGGAAGCAUAGUUGUUUGCUUUAGUAGAAAUUAUAUUCCUUUUUUCCACUACUGUGAACAUGGACGUGAGUAGGUAAUUGCUCCUAAAAGAAACCUAAUUAAUGUAUUGUUGAACCUAAUUUUGAGAUGAUUUUUAUUCUGCCAUUGUACAGUGCACAUUAGCAUCGUCUAAAUACACAUGUCUCUGGGGUUUCUUUUUGGUGGCAAAUUGAUUCUUGCAAUCAUGGUGGAAAGGCCAGCAAUAAGGCACUCUACACUGAUGAAAUUUGCAUAAGUAUUCCUCUUUGUGAUAAGAUUUCACCAAAAGUUUCAACAUUAAGAUGUUUACUUAGUUAAAUCCUGAACUGAGGCACCCACCCAUACAUGUAUAAGCUCCAAAAAAUAAAACAAUUUGCAAAGAAUUUUUCAGCUUUCGGGCUAUAAGCGUUAGACAUUUUCAUAAGAAAUGCUGAAUGUUAGUAUCAAUUGAAUCAAUUUGACCUUACACGCAGUGCAGGUAUUGUUAAAUCUGUAGUUGUAAUUUAUUCACCUGUAACUUGAUUUUCUUUUCACUUCUCUUUUUAUAAAUUCAUGUAGUCGGCUAUAAUAAUGAUAUUUUUUUCUUUUGAGAGAGAAAUUGUGUGUCUGCUCUGGUUUUAGUUUUAACGUCAGCUCGUUACAAUCCGUAACUACUUGUAGACUACUUCAUCCGGAUGGGUUUGCAACUUUAUGUACAGACUGCUUCAACACUUCUAUUUUCUAUAGGACUUGGAUUAAUAAUCUCCAACAAUAUGGUCAUGCUUCUUAUAUUUACUUUCAGUUCUAAAUACAUUUAUGUUUUUCUCUAUGUUGUACUACUAAACUAUGUGUGCUAAAGUAAACAUAAAAAUAUGACGGGGUGGUGGUUUCAGCCAUAGAAAGAAUUGAUUUGGAGAACAAAGGGAAUUUUCGGCGGACGAAGAACUCGCUCGAGAUGCUCCAGUGAUGAUUUUAUAUAGCGUUUUAUCUAAACCUGGGUUCCUUCUUUCAGACUGGGCGGUGCCCUAUGAUGUGAAGCCGGUGUAAUAACUUUUUCAUUUGGCAUCGGUGGUGAUGUGACAACCUUUUAGACAAGUUGGCACCUGUAACACAGUGGAAGACCUCAUACGAGCUGGUUGCCUUCCUGGUAGUUGUUGCGGGUUUUGAAUUAAGUGUACAACUAUGUUUAAAACGCCAUGAUCAGAAGCUGUGGUGGGUGUACAGAUUGACUCUUAUUACAUGACUAUUCCUAAGAUUGAUUC